AUGUCUUCUUCGAGUGGAGUUUCUGGUACACUAGACCCCAUAGCAGUAGAUCCAGAUGAUCCGAUGCCCACAGAUCCCGAGAUUUAUACAUCUGAUACUGACAGCAGUGAUGAUGACGACUUCCAGCCUUUUUCUUUGUCGGAUGUCGGAGACGAUGUUCAGCUCGCUGAUGGUAUUCUAGUCGGGGAUCUACCUCUUGCUGAGAUCCCUGCUCCUGUUCCACUUGCCGCAUUUCCCGUAGAGGAUUUGCCACUUGAUGUUGUGUCUGAUGACGACCUCGAUCUUUUCGUCGAGGGUCCCCCUGAGGACGACCAUGAGGGUGGGGCCCCGAUUGCUGAUGAUGUCGCCAUUCCUUUGGUUGAGGUUCCGGUUACGGAUGCUGUCGUUUUACAACCUGUUGAGGCUCCCGCUGAGGAGAUUUUAUCUGAUCAGCCCGGUACCGAUUCUUUUGAGUCAGUAUCAUCUUCCACUUUGCACGCCGUCGGAUUGCGGCAAUAUCCUAUUGACUCCGACUCCGAUACAACUAUGUCAGCUGUACCUGGUUCACCCCACGAGUUUGAGUUUGAUCCUGAGUUCGAGGACGAGUUUGAUCCAGUUUUUCCUCCUGAUUUUGAUCCCGAUCACGAGAUCGAGUUUAUUCCUGAUGACCAGCCCUUGGAGGCACCAGUGGUUCCUAUUAAUCAGCUUCUUGAUGUACCUGCCGACUUUGAUAUGGACUUUGCCGACCCGGAGCCUGUUACUGCUCAUGACCCUGUACUUGUGAACGACCCUGUUCUUGAUGAUGCUCCAGUCGUUGCACCGCCUGUUGUGGAUGCACCAGCCAUUGCACCACCCAUUGUUGAUAUCCCCGUUAUUGCACCGAUAUUACCUGAUUCAGCCCCUGUGUAUGCUGACCAUGCCCCGUUUGCCACUCACAACGAUCCUCGAUACGCUGACACCCACAACGGGUGGAUCGAUGAUGACGAUUAUCUCUCAUAUGUUAGACCCGUCACUCCCUCUCAUGCACCCAUCUCUGCACCGAUCAAUGUUGCCCCUCCUUUUCCCCAUGUUUUAGAUAUCCAUCGCACCGACCUUCCUAUCACUUUUCUCCAGGACAUUCCUCCACCUCGUCCUGGGGAGGGUUCAUCGAGGCAGCAGCCUGCUUUUGUCCCGCCUGUGUCGUCAGCUGUACCAUUCAUGUCUCAGUUUCCUCGCACUACAUCACCUUUUGCACAUAUGGGCGAGCCAUUUUUGUGGUCAUCGCCCAAUGUUAUGCCUCUGUCAGACCUAUAUCACCCGUUUCAUGUCGGAUAUACCACAGAUGACAUACUUAUAUCCCUGCAGUUACAGCAGGAUGCUUUGAGUCGUCGAGUCCAGGAGCUGGAGAGGACUCCGCGUCCCCCCCCCCUUGUCAUUAAGAUGCCUCCACGACGAAACACCCGCCUGCCUACUACUGAGGCGGAACUCCAGGAGCGAAUUGCUGUAGCUAUAGCACAAUAUGCGGCUCCCAUGCAGAAACAAGCAUGA